UUCGUUACAAUGGAAACCAAUUUCAAUCGCCGUCGGCCGUCCAUUUCCAAAUCCAACCAACGGUCUCGAUCAAUCCAGCAACCUGUUCGUCCGUUCCCAUGGAAUGGAAACCAUUUCAUUUGCCGUCCGUUUCGUACCAAACCAACGGUCUCGAUCAAUCCAGUGUUUCUCCUCCUCCUCCUCCUCCUCUGCUCCGCCGUUACCCGAUUUAAUGGCAGCCAUUGCGUUUCUCUCUCCGCCAUUACUUUGCAUUGCCAGUGCCCUACGCCAUUCAACAACCGCAUAAUUUUAGCAUUCUUUUUUUCCCCUCUGGACCAGACUAGACCAUCCGCAUUCUCUUUCUCUCCGGGUUGACGCGUUUUGUUUUCUUCCACCGCUUCGAUCAUCACUGUUCAGCUUCUCGCCGUUUUCUCGAGGAUGGUAGGAGAUCUCUUGUCAUUCGCAUGUGGUUCCUAAACCCCAUUAGGGCUAGCGAAAUGACGAAAGAGAUUGAGUUCUUUGCGGUUUUCUGCGAUGCUUUUUCCUUGAGUUCGUUAUAGGCUGUUUUGCUAUGCGAGUUUGAAAUGAAAUGAGGAACGGUAUGUUUCUGAGUGCAAAUGCAAGGUGUAAAACUAUCGAAGAUCGUUCUCUAGGUAUUUGGGUAACCUUGGGCCCAAUGAGCUCCAUCUGAUUGUUUAUUGAGUGUUCGGAAAUCAAUGUCUGACGAAAAUGCCCAGCAUCAGAGCACCCGGAGCAAAGAAAUCCACUACUCUGACGGUUGCAGUGAAAUGCCGUCCUCUAAGAGAGAGAGAGCGCGGUCGUGAUAUUGUUCGAGUGAUCGAAAACAAGGAGGUGCUUAUACUGGAUCCUGACCUAUCGAAGGAUUACCUCGACCGCAUUCAGAAUCGAACAAAGGAGAAAAUAUAUCGUUUUGACCAUGCAUUUGGUCCAGAUGGUACUAAUCUGGAAGUCUACACAAAAAGUAUAUCUUCCAUAAUACCUGGAGUUGUUCAAGGUCUAAACGUUACUGUUUUUGCCUAUGGUUCAACUGGAAGUGGUAAAACAUACACGAUGGUUGGGACCAAAGAUGAUCCUGGACUCAUGGUGCUCAGUUUGAAUGCUGUGUUCGAUCUUAUAAAAAGAGACAAGCGGUCUGAUGAAUUUGAAGUUACUUGCUCCUAUCUUGAAGUAUAUAAUGAAGUGAUCUACGAUUUACUUGAAAAAUCAUCUGGUCAUUUAGAACUUAGAGAGGAUCCGGAGCAAGGAAUAACUGUUGCUGGGCUUAGGUGUAUCAAGGUUCAUUCUGCGGAUAAAAUUCUUGAACUUUUGAAUAUGGGUAAUAGUCGCAGGAAAACAGAUAGCACAGAGGUGAAUACCACCUCCUCAAGAUCACAUGCAGUUUUGGAGAUUAAUGUGAAAAGAAAGCGAAGAAACAAAUAUCAAAGUCAGGUCUUGCAUGGGAAACUUGCACUUGUUGAUCUUGCUGGCAGUGAACGGGCUACUGAGACAAAUAACUCUGGCCAAAAAUUGAGGGAUGGAGCCAACAUUAAUCGUUCACUCCUUGCUUUGGCAAACUGCAUUAAUGCGUUGGGAAAACAGCAAAAAAAGGGACUUGCUUAUGUCCCUUACCGUAACAGUAAAUUGACACGAAUUUUGAAAGAUGGUUUAAGUGGUAAUUCUCAAACUGUAAUGAUUGCUACAAUAUCACCGGCAGAUAUUCAGUAUCAUCACACUGUAAAUACCUUGAAAUAUGCUGACCGAGCAAAGGAAAUUAAGACACACGUUCAGAAAAACAUUGGAGCAGUAGAUCCCCAUGUAUCGGACUACCAACGGAUGAUUGAUAGUCUUCAGACUGAGGUUAGCCAAUUAAAAAAGGAACUUGCUGAAAAGGAAUUCCAGCUUAGUAGCAAACCUGCUGAAAAGGCUAGCAAACCUGCUGAGGCUUGCAAACCUGCUGAAAAGGCUGCAGACGAUGAGCUGUCUUGGUUGAAUAUCUUAAGUCAUGAAAUAAGCGAGAAUGUACAGGAAAGAAUAAACUUACAAAAGGCUAUGUCUGAGCUAGAGGAAACCAAUCUUAAUAAUCGCUCAGAACUCCAACAUCUUGAUGAAAUUAUUGCAAGAAAUCAGGCUAUUGAAAUGGAUGGAGCAAUUGUAGAGAAUUUGAUAGCUCGACGUCUAGUAAUUUUAGAUAACAUUCGUGACAAUGAUGAAGCAGGAAUCAAUUAUCAGAAGGAAAUUGAAGCAAAUGAAAAGCAGCGAUGUCAACUUCAAGGGAUGAUUGAUGAAGCCAUCAGUAGGAAUGGGAAUAAAACCUACUUGCGGAUACUUAGUCAGUAUAGGCUGAUGGGAAUGGCUAAUUCUGAGCUUCAGUUAGAGAUGGCGAUGAGAGAUCAAGUAAUUCACAACCAACGAGAAGCUAUGAAGAACUUGUGGAACCUGCUCAUGGGACUGGGACUAGACGAGAAACAGAUAUUGGACCUCGCAGCCAAGCAGGGUCUGACAAUUGAAGGCUGGACGUUGACUCCUCUGGGGCUUUCUGAAAAGCAGUCACCUAAUUUCGCUUCUAGUAGAUCUACAUCAGUUGGUCCAUCUCCUGAAAUAGAGGAGGGAAACCAAAACUUCUGCGACUUUCCAUGCCCUGAUCUCUCACCAUCAUCAUAUUCAAGGGUGAGGAGUGCCGAUGGAAAGCCAAACAUGUGGUUUGGCUCCCCUGAGAAGCAUUCUCAAGAUCUUUACAAGUAUCUGGAUAUGACAAGUCAUGCUUCUCAUGGUGGGAGCUGGAUGUCAAGAUCAUCUGCAGUUGGUGAUUUAGCGAGCUGUUGAAGCUUGUAUUGGAUCUUUCUUCUCAAGAGGUCAAAAUGGAUUACUUUACUCUUACUCGAGAGCCAGCCUAUCUGACGAGCUUGGCGCAAGUCCUUUUCUUCGUAUCGCUCCUGACUUCUUUAUGGGUUCAUUCAUUCUGUGCUGCUCGUUUGUCUCCCUAACAUCCAAUUAAUCCUCCUACAGGGUUAUUGAGGCAACACCCUUGACUGAGAAAUUAUAGUGGACGAGGGGAUAUUAGCAACAUCUAUUACAAGAAAAUAUUAUUGAGCAACACGAUGAUACAGCCCAUUCACACAGCUUUAAUAUAGGCUUCAUGAAUCGUGCUUUAGAAAGCAAGCAUUUGGAUCUUCCAUGCUUUUCUCCGUUUUCUGCUUGUGGGCGAGAGUGUCCUUUGGUUUUGACCUAAUGACUCUGAUCAUAGAGGCUAGACCUCCUACUGUUUUGUAGGACCAAGUUUCCUGAUGACAACAUUUUUUCUAAACCAAAAUGUAAAUGUGCAAACUUGCAGCGUAUUGUGAUGAAGAGAUAUACCUGUUAUUGGCUCGUAAAUUCUUUUUCCUCUUCCAUAAGUUAAUAGGGAGAGAAUGGUUUUGGGGCAACAUAGCUAAAGACCAGAUUUAAUAUUGGUGCUAUUGCGCUAGCUUGCCUGUAUAUAUAUAUAUAUAUAUAUAUAUAUACAAUGAUGUAAAUACUAUUGGUGGAUUGCCAGACAUUUUAUGGAUUGUAAAGUAAUUUAUUAACUUUUAUUUGA